UAAGUAUUCAGAACAACUGAGCUUUCUGUGGACACUCAGGGUAGCAGUGGUUCCUGUUCUUCAGGUGGCCGCUCUUGACUCAGUGAAUACCAAUGCCCUCAUACGUUCACUUUUCUGUGCAGGGAGUAGAAAACAGCAGGAGCUGCUGGCCUGAAGGCUUUGCCAUAACUGAGCAACCUGAUGUGGCCAUAGGUGACCCUGUUCACUGCAGGGGAGUUGGGUCAGAUGGCUUUAAAGGUCCCUUCUGACUCAAACAGGUCUAUGAUUCUCCCUGCCCCUUUCUGAUAACUGCACGGCACAGGCCCCACCAAUGAUGCAGGUACAAAACGUAUUAUCCAAAGCAGGAGUUUCUGCUCAUAAAGUGGGGCAAGACCUGAAUUGUCCAGUCUGAAAUUUCCUUGCAGUAGCUCAGAUCAUUCUUGUUCCCCCUUUUAAAGAAGGCAAAGGGGGGGAAAGGGACCCAAAUAAGAAAAAAACAAAAGCCAUGCUUAACAAAAGCAUGUUUGUGUUUUCCCACGUUUAGAUAAACGCUGUCCAUCAGUAUGUGCAACAACGGAGAAACAGGCUGCAGGAGCUGAAGGCUUUAAAUGCCUGGAGAACAGCAUCGAUGUUUUUCAGCUACUUUGGAGAGAGAAAGUGGUCACUCCACCAUUACCUUCUCUUGGAUUGGGAGGACAGUAAGCCCCAAGCACUGGGUUCCCAAGCUCUCCAGCCAACAGCAGCAGUGGUGCUGCCCGCUUGUCCUUGCAAAUCCCAGCGUCUCAUCUGGAAGUGCUCCAGCUGUGGGGAGCUCUGCUGCUGCCUCCAGUCCUCCUGCCCUCGGGGUGACGUCCUCCCACAGCUGUCCCCAUCCUGUUGGGACUGGGGAUGCUGCAGCUCCAUCCGCAGCCCGCUCCUCACUUAACGCUCCUGGAACGGCCGCUGGCCGUGGACUUCUGGGCUUCCGGGCCCUGCGAACCCUGCUGCGGCAAAUCCUUCCAGCACCGCUCCGCUUGCCGUCGCUGCUCCCAAGGCAGCUACAGAACCUUCUCACCCAGGUGCAAGCAGUGCUUUGGCCACACCGACUGCCGGUGCCUCUGCACACAGCGCCGCGUCUGCGCCUCCUGCAUCCACACGGCAUCAGAGCAGGGCAGUUACACACACCGAGGAGGGAACUAAUGGCCGGAGAGCUGGAGCAGUUCAGAGCCAAGAAGUUCACGCUAGGAAAGGUCCUUCUGAAGCCACCACCAGCAGACCUUUUGUAUGAUAAGGAUUUAAGUUAAUUCUGAAGUUAUAUGCCUUAAUUAAAUAUAAAUUAAUACAUUAUAUUAUAUUAUUUACAUAUGCCUCAAUUAAAUAGAAAUAAAUAUACUAUAUUAUUUACAUAUGUCUUAGUUAAAUAGAAAUAAAUAUAUUUUAUUACAUUAUUUACAAAAUAUAUAAAUAAAAGUUGUUCUGUGACUCUUCCAAUAAACAAUGUUGUGAUGGAGCAGUGA